GACUUUGAGUCUGGACAAUGCACUUGGGUCAAUGUGCAGAAAGAAGAUGGACAUGAGUGGGUCAUGUCCCAGGGAGGAUCCCAUGGACCACCGCAGGACCAUACCACUCAAACCUCAGAUGGUUGGUUUUUGUUGAGCUCAGCACUGCACAGCAGCCAGCCGAGUGUUGCACAGAUUGUCUCUGAAUGGAUCCAACUGGAGAACACCCUGUUUUGUCUCACUUUCUGGUACCAUAUGGGCAGCAGUUAUUCUGGCACACUACAGUUGUUUGCACGUUCAGACCCAGCGGAGGAGACUCUGAUAUUUCACGUAAACAAUAGUGUCAACAGCUGGACCAGAUUCUCUCACCAAGUGGACAUGUCCAAACCUUUUCAGCUUUUAAUUGAGGCAGAAAGCAACAACAAUGGAUUUAUUGCCAUUGAUGACAUCAGUCUCAUGCAAGGCCUUUGUCUAGAAAAUUACACAAGAGGAUUUGUGGGCUGUACAUUUGAAAAUGGCACCUGUGGCUGGGAUGAUAUCAGUGUCGGUCAGGCUCAGUGGGUAAGAAGAAGGAAUGGAACAGAGAACAGUGGACCCUCUGUGGACAACACACUAGGCACUGAGCUGGGUUGGUACAUGGGGCUGGAGGCUGAUCGCGGGGAAGAAAUUAGCCCUGCCACUCUGCAAAGUCUUGAAAUGAAACAGGCCAGCUCCACCUGUACACUACACUUUUACUACAACAUUUAUGGAACUGACUCAGAGCUUAACGUGCUCAUAAAAGAUGGUUCUAGGAUCACCAAUUUGUGGUGGCUAGCUGGAAACAAGGGAAAUCUGUGGCAGCAUGGCAAGGUCAUGAUUGGCCGGAUCCCCCAGGAUUUUGCCCUCCUGUUUGAAGCUUCCAGAAACUUUAAUGAACCAGGAUAUGUUGCAAUUGAUGAUGUUGACUUCACUAAUUGCUCCCUUCCUGAGCCCCAGUUGUGGUGUUCUGAGAGUACAUUCACAUGCAACAACAGUGUAUGUGUUGACCUUAACCAUGUAUGUGACUUCAGUGAUGACUGUGGAGACUGGUCUGACGAGAUUCACUGUGAAAAUCAAGGUGUGAUGGAGCGUUGUAACUUUGAACAUGGCCUGUGUUCCUGGGCUACCAGUGAUGUAGACACACCAGGAGGUGAAUGGACACGCCACAAAGGUGAAGACGUUUGGCCCAACCAUGGCCCCCCAAGAGAUCACACCCUAAACUUUGCCACUGGUCACUAUGUUGUACCAGGAAGUCAUAUCACUGAGAAGGGUCAAUUAUCUGAAAUUAUUUCAAAGACACUGUUACCAAGCUUUAACUGCACUGUGAGAUUCUUCUACUUCAGCUUGAAUGAUGGUUCUGCUCAACUAACGGCCCAGUCCAGAACACUGAUGUCUGGAAUUAAUGACAAAAUGCUGUGGAUCAGGGAAAGUUCUAACAGUUACAGCUGGAAAAGGGAAGAGAUCACUUUCUCCUCCUCAGUCAUUAGCAAGGUUGCUUUCAGGUAUGAACUCGGGGCAAGUCAAAGAGGGCUUGUUGCACUUGAUGACAUUUCUUUUUCCAAGGAAUGCAUUUUUGACCCUGAAAACGGCAAACUACCUGAAACAUUGCCCACCUCUUCCCCGCAUACAUCCCUCAAUACAGCAACGACCACUGCUGUGAAGCCAUGUCAGGAUAAUGAGUUUUUUUGCAGGCUGUCUGCUGGAAAAGUUUGUAUUCCAGCCACACAGCAGUGUGAUUAUCAUCUAAACUGCCCUGAAGGAGAGGAUGAGGAUGGCUGUGGCCCAUGUACAUUUGAGACUGAUCAGUGUCUGUGGAGUGAUAUCAGUGACGGACCAGCUAAAUGGCAGAGACAAAAGGGUGCUAGCACUGAGUCCCCUGAAGCUCACACUACCCAAACUGGCUUUUACAUGACAGUAAAUCUCAGUUUAGGCUCCACUCAAACAGAAGCAAAACUCCUCAGCCCCCAACUCCCACCUUCAUCCCCCUACUGUCAACUUCUGUUUCACUUCCCCAUCAGCAUGGGGAGCACUGGGUCACUUAGAGUGCUUAUGCAGCAAGCUGAGGGUGGUGAAGCAAUCCUGUGGUCACGCAGUCACAACACUGUCUCCCACUGGACCUCAGCACAUAUGCCUAUAGGGCUGUUUCAGCAGCCAUACAAGAUUUGGUUCAGUAGCAUAACUAAAGAAUCAGGGCACAUUAGUUCUACUCAAGACCAUGUUGUUGGAGUGGAUGACAUCUCUUUUAUGAACUGUGAGGCAGCGUAUAAGCCACCAGCCCUGUCUUCCUAUAGUUGUACUUUUGAGGAUGGCUUUUGUGUUUGGGUCCAGGGAGCUGAAGAUGAGUUAGACUGGUUCAGUUGGUCAGGUCCCACUGAAACCCCCAACACUGGCCCUGCAGGAGACCACACCACUGGAACAGGGAAGUACCUUUACAUCGAGAGCUCCCAUCCAAGUGGAAAAGGAAACACAGCCCAGCUAAUGUCUCUACUGCUGCCACCAGCUGGUCAACAAGGAUACUGUUUCACAUUUUGGUACUACAUGUUCGGCGCUACAGUCGGUUCAUUGAGGCUGUUUCUGAAAACAGUUGAUUCAUUGGACAAAACACUGGUGUGGCAACAAUCAGGAAACAAAGGGGAUGAGUGGUUGCUGGCUCAUAGCCAUGUGACCCUGCAAAGAGUACACCAAGUGAUUCUUGAGGCGACUGUGGGGGGAGAGGCUGGGGACAUAGCCAUCGAUGACAUCUCAUUUAUCCAUGGGCCAUGUCCUGACUCUGAUGUGUGUGAUUUUGAAGAGGGCAGCUGUAACUGGAAGCAGGCAACAUCAGAUGACUUUGACUGGAUCAGGCACUCGGGUAGCACAGCUAACCCAAACACAGGACCAGACAGCGAUCACACCACCAACACGCCAUCGGGUCAUUACUACUUCCUGCCAUCUUCCAUAGAUGAACAAGCCGGCCAAAAGGCUUUAAUGUAUUCACCUCUAUACCCUGAAAGUAAAGGAUUUUGUGUGCAGUUCUGGUACCACAUGUACGGGAAGGGAAUGGGCACACUGAAUGUUUACCAACAAAGUGAAGAUGGGGAAGAGGUUUUAAUUUUCUCCCAGUCAGGAGACCAGGGCAUGUUCUGGAGGUUUGCUCAGGGUUCGCUCCUGCCCUGGGUUAAGCCAUACAGAAUUGUGGUGGAAGGUGUGAAAGCCGGCCCGACCAUCGAGGGAGAUAUGGCCUUUGACGACAUAAAACUCACAAAUGCAGAAUGCAUGAAUCAUAGUUUCUGUGACUUUGAGAGCUCCUUCUGCCACUGGAGCAAUGUGGGUGGGGGAGUUGACCAGGGAGAUUGGCUCCUCGGAACGGGAGACUCCCCAAACCCCAAUACUGGACCAACUGUUGACCACACUACCAACUCUUCAUACGGUCACUACAUAUAUGUUGACAGCUCAGUGGGUGAGUGGGGAGACAUGUCGUACCUUGUCAGUGGUGUGGUCCUGCCAUCCUCAAAAGAUCACUGCAUUAAAUUUUGGUACCACAUGUAUGGCAGCCAUGUUGGGACCCUUAGCAUCUACAUCAGUGACAGGAAAAGUCUUGCUGAAGGUAACGGGUUAGAAUAUCUGAAGUGGACUAAAACGGGAAACAAGGGAGACCAGUGGCUGGAGGACAGUGUUACUGUUCAACAUGAACAUGAUUUCUGGCUAGUGUUUGUGUACCAGAGAGGAAUGAGUACAGGUGGAGAUGUUGCUCUUGACGAUAUCACCAUCCUUCCCUCAAGCUGUGUGCAUCCCAUCUCUCCUCCCUCAGAUGAUACAAAUAUGCUGUCUGUUGGCCUUGCAGUUGGUCUGACUUUGCUAAUUGGAAUCAUCAUCUCCAUUUUCCUUUUUAUACUAAAACGAAAACGGAAUUCAGUGAACCAGUCAUCAAUAAUCAAUAAUGAAGUAACUAAUGAAAACUCUGUGUUCGACCAGUGUGACAACACACAACAUGAUACAGAGCAGGAAGCUGCACUUGACUUCUCCUUCUUCAACAAACUUUAUGAUCCAUCAACACACACUCCUGAAGCUUCCUCUGAGGCUUAGCCUGUGUUUUAUUUAGUAGAAUAUAUAAAAAUAUCA